UAUCCAACAUUAAGGUUCUAACAUACCUUGACUUAAUUCCCAAUGGUUCAAACAAGUUCAAGAUCGUGCAUAAAAAGUAUUUAUAAUUUGGGGUUACUUAGUCUUUUGCUAUUGAUCCAAAACGGCAAUACCUAUGAGUUCAACGUUGGAGGUUCUGGAGAUUGGAGUGUCCCUUUGGAUUCCAAUGCCAAUAAUUACAACCAGUGGGCUGAGAGGAGUCGAUUCCAAAUUGGUGAUAGUUUAUUGUUUGUCUAUCCGUCUGAUAAUGAUUCAGUUCUUCUUGUAACCAAGGAAGACUAUGCAAAUUGCAGCAUAGCGGCUCCAAUUGAAAAAUACAGUGAUGGACAUAAUAUUUUUAAGUUUAACCAAUCUGGGCAUUUCUAUUUCAUCAGUGGAGUUCACGAAAACUGUGUCAAGAAUGAAAAUUUACAAGUGGUGGUCAUGGCCGAUAGAAGCAAUAACAAUCAAACCGUCGCUUCGCCUUCACCUUCACCAUCAACAGCAGAGGUUCCUCUAGCUCCUUCUCCUUUCGAUGAAGGUGCCACAUCUCCAUCAACUGGUUCAGUAGACAUCAAUCCAUCACCAACACCUUCUCAAGAAUCUUCUCCUCCAAAGAAUAGUGCUUCUUCAAUUGUCAUGAGUUUUGUUGGAUCAGUUGGAGCCUUUAUUGGUUCUUCCAUUCUUCUAGGUCUCUGAUGGUGAGGUUGUUGCACAUCUUUGAUUCUAUUGAUAUUUGAUUUUCAAUAUUUUGGUCAUUGACACAUAUGUAAGACACACACACACACACACACACAUAUAUAUAUGAAAGAAAGGAUGAAUAAACUGCUAAUAUUCAUUUUGGAUUUAACUUAUAACUGUGUAAGAGUUUUACACCAUCAUUGUAAUGUAACCUGUCGUAGCAAA